AUGGAUUCUCCCACGAAAAAAAUUUCUUUCGGAAAAAUCUCGACCCCUUUUGACGAAGAUUUGGAAGAUAGAAUUGUCGAACUAUCUUUUGAUGAUAAUACUUUAAAUAUGGAAACCGAUACAACAAAUGUCGACUUAAAAACUGUUGUUGAUGACAUGGAUUCCGAGAGCGAUGGUGAAGUGAACAUAUUUAUAGGCAAACACGACAUAAAUGAAGAACCGUACAUUGAUACAUUGAUUGAAGAAGAUUCAUUGUUAAAUGACGAAAUUAAAACUUUAUUUAACGAUAGUUGCUCAGUUUCAGUAUCAUUGACUCAGUCUGGACUUGCCUGCGUAGGUCUGGAGGGGCUAUAUUAG